GACCUGCUGCACGACAGCUCCACGCCCAUCACGCGGGUUCUCUUCGGGGGCAUUGCCGCGGGAGGCGAUUCGUUCCUCUGCGCGAAGCCGCCCCCCUCUGCACAAAGACGAGCGCUCCAUGGGCAUGCACUUCUGGCGGGGGAGCUCCGCUUCGGCAGGGCUGCCUUUUCAUGCAAUUCGAGCUGGAAGGCCUGCGGCAAGGCGAGGGGCGAGCUCAGUGAAGUGCCCAGCGACGGCCGCGCUGUUUUUCCUUCGCACGUGCACGUUUGGCACCGCACCGGACGAAAGCGCAAGCGAGAUCCCUAG